AUGAAAAGAACAAUGUCGAAUGCUGAUGAUUUUAAAGGUGCUGGGUACGAACCCAUUUACGAAGGAUUGUACAUGUUGGCGGAGGCAGUGAAAAUGUUCGAGAAAGAAAAGGAGUUGAUUAAAAAAAACUCGUGCCAAAAUAUUUUCGGUCGCACAAGCCUAGGUGGUAAAUCUGUGUAUGAAGAAUCGCUGACUGAUCCAAUUCUUCCAUUGAUCCUUUUUAUAAGACAGGGUAAGAGAUCGUUGAGAAAAAAUAAAUCGUCCAAGAAAAUCACUUUCAUAGUCCCAGAUGACGCGUUCAAGGGUGAAAGAUUGAUUUCAGAGAAGUUUUUGGGGAAGCCUGUGUCACAUUCUCUUGUUACCAACUUGGCAAAAGGGUUGGUAACAGAAAAGAUGAUCAAGAAACCUGACACAGAAGCCAUAAAGGCUUGCUUGAAACGCCGACGCCAUGAAAGGAAACAUGCAGAUCAAGAAGAGAAUAGGGCAAAGAAAAAGGUCAAGAGAAACAUGACUGCAAUACCAGAAAUUCUACCACUACCCUUGCCUGUACAGUUCAAAAAUCUGAUUCAGAAUAUGGGUGGUUCUCAGGAGAUGUUGAUCAUUCAGAAGCCAUUGUACAAGACAGAUUUGAGCCGAAACCAUGGCCGUUUAUCAAUCCCACGGAAGCAAAUCAAAAACGAUUUUCUCACUCCGGAGGAGAAGAUGCUUUUGAACGAAUCAGAAUUGAAAGUGAAAUUGAUUGAGCCAUGCCUUGACGACUGCUACAUACACUUGAGGAAGUGGGAAAUGAAAACGAGCUCAAUUUAUGUGUUGGUGAAUAUUUGGAACGAGGUUUUGUCGAAGAAUGGACUCGAAGAAGAUGUGGAGAAGAGGGUGGCAAUGGCAAAAAGCACCGGAGUUUUUGGCUUAUGA